GUGACGCAGAAGCAGACGUAACGAGGAAGUUGGAGAGGAGUACGUUGGUGGGAGGUUGUUGUUGCACAUUUCUGCGUCAUACGCAUCACCGUUUACAGACGUUCUCAUUAUACAUAAUUUAAAAUGAAGACAUUGACGCUUGUGUGCUUUACGUGCCUAGUUUUUCUGAGCCCUUCCUCGUCUGAGCCCGCGUCAACGACUCCGUCCUCGGCGAACGCGUCGACCACAACAACAGUGCCUUCUACGACGACGACCCAGUCACCUAAAUUGGUUUGUGCACAGAAAUCGAACACAUCAUGCUCAGACUGCUUGGCAGCUGGUACAGGGUGCUACUUUUGCUCAGAGACAAGGAGAUGCGGCUACUACCCGUACCGCAAGAUAAUUCCCAGCCACGAUGAGUGUGCAUCGUUCUCUGAGGUCUACUGGGGAGUUUGCUUCAUCUCCCUGCAGGCGACAGUAAUAACGAUAUCGGUCGUGGUGGCCCUCUUGCUGAUCUCAAUCACGGUCUGCUGCUGCGUCUGCUGCCGCAAACGCAACAAGCGCAAGUGGAUGCGGGAGAUGGCGCACCUGGAGGACGAACGUAAAGAACGACAGCAGAGGUCCGAAGGACGACGUGCGGAGCGCAGGAUGAAAACGGACGAAAUACGGAAGAAAUAUGGUCUCGUGAAAGACGACACGCCCUAUACGAGGUUUGAUCACUGAUGGAUGUGAAUGUGGCUAUUGCACGUUGUGACUGGCCCUUGCUUGCACUACGCAGCACCCCGUUUUUGUGGAGAGUUUGAAUGGCUUUCAGUGUUGGCCCUGCGGGCACUGCUUUCAGCACCGUUUCCUCCCCCGUGACUUUUUUUUUAACCUCUGGCUGAGGAUAUUUUGUUGGGAAUGCAGGCUAUCUGCAGUGUCGUUGCACUACUUAGGCAAAGUAGGUUAGAAGUUUGGCAAAAUGGACUGGUGCACUUGUUGUUGCUGUGCUUACUACGUGUAUUUUUGUUUAAUGGGAAAUGUGCCCAGCAUCUCUGCCACUGAGCUUCAUAACCAAGGUUCAAGAUAAGUAGGAUCAAAGAAGCGCCGCUGUUAUAUCGGUACGUUUGUUGUGGAACGGUCACGGUUGACAAUUUUAUUGUUUCUAUGCACUAUGGUUACCGAGAAUUUAUUAUUAGUUUAUUUAGAGCAACGUGUAUCACUUGCUGUGUGUCACUGCACUGUGUUGUACAAGCUUAUGCGUGCAUGAUUAUUAUUUUGUAGAAGAUACUUAUUCCUACACACAUAAGUGUAGUUAGUGUAUAUGUGCCUGUGCAGCUUUUAUCUCAUUGCAAUUUCCCGCAGUGCACAAAGUUCUGCAUCAGUCCAUAUUCCAGAUCUCACAUAUAACAAUUGCAUGGCAUGUAUCCAUUGACACACACUUACAUCGCUUUAGAGUUACAUGCAUCAUGGCCAAAAAAAUGUAGGCAAUGGAACAGGCGGGAAUUUAGAAAAUACAUGUUAACCAGGGUUUGCAAGAGGAAUUUCCCAGUGCUGGCAUUAAAAUAUAGCCAAGCAAAACAUGAAAGUUUCUCUGUGUAUCUCGUAUUUACCUGUGCUGUAGUAAAAUCGUGGAUGAUAUCUUUAUUAGUCAGAUGACUCAGAAGGUCAGGUUUUCAAUGAAAUGUGGGGCAAGAUAUAAAAAUAUAGGUUCAGCCACUUGUCCGAAGUUUCAGGCCCUGUGUAUAAGACCGCAGCAACAUAGUACAAAAAUGGAUUAACGCUAAUCUGUCUUUAUCUUCCAGGAUAUAAUGCCCUGCAGAGGGUUUGAACAUUCAUACAGUUCCUUCGAUGCAACUGCUCUUGGUAAUCCUUCUGCUCCCAUGCAGUGGUUGAGAUUUUGAAUCAUAAAGCCUUUGAUAGUGUCAAACCUUCCUUCCUGGUGCUGUUGCACAGCUGAAGUCUUCAAGAUACGUUUCCUAAGAGUAUUUUUGUGCUGCCACAAUCAAUGUUAAGUUAGCGUACAAAAGGACAUGGUGCAUUGGUUGGUACGGGGUGCAAAAAAACUUGUUUGAAUGUAUGGUUGUUGUACAGAGAAUAGUGCUAUGUAUAUUGCUUCCACUGUUUAUUGGUUACUUCAGAGGGUUUCCUUGCUGUAGGAAAAGCAGAUUGAACAUUUAGAAAUCAAGAUAAGGAAUCUGAUCCCCAGUGAUAUGUGUCGAUAGGCAAAGGGGCUACAGAACAACUGUGUCUUUUACAUCUCAAUGUCAUAUAGUCACAUGAUGAAGAAUGUAUUGAUAUCGGUGCCCUUUGUAAAGUUUUACAUACUGAACAUUUUACAAUGUGAGUGGUAAAACAUUUAACAUAGUGUUUGAUAUUGUGCUCAUUUUUGCUACAGAGUGGAAUGGUUUUUGUGGUACAGUGUAAUUAUUUUAGUAUAAAAAUGCAUGAAAAUAAAAUGCAUCGAAGUUUAAUUCUA